CUCUUUCUAACAAUUCAUUUUAGCAAUUUAGCCUCUAUCUUUCUCUAGAAAGAGCAAUUUUUAUUCUGUCUAUAAACAAAAAUAAGAAAAUUUCUCUCUUUCUACCUUAUCAUGGACCCACCCCCACCUCAACCACCGUUCCCUCCGCUCCCCACCGCCACCUUCACCGCCGUGCCUGGCGACUUCUCAACCGGAACUACAGCGACCUCUACCAUAAGUUCAGCCGCCGGUCUCAGCGUAGAAGUUCCCAACAGCAACAAUCACAUAGCACAUGCAGCUAACCCCAACCCCACCGUGAACCAAUCUUUCAACCACCCACCAUACGCUGAUAUGAUCUUUGCGGCGAUAACGGCGUUGAAGGAACGUGAUGGGUCGAGUAAGAGAGCGAUCUCUAAGUACAUAGAGAAAGCGUACGCGGGACUACCGCCGACUCAUCCAGCCUUGUUGACUCAUCACCUGAAGCGGCUGAAGAGCAGUGGUCUGCUUGAGAUGGUGAAGAAAUCUUACAAACUUCCUAGAUCUGAUGCAUCCAACGAUAUCAACAAUACUGAUCUUACUCAAUCUCAAUCUGAGUCUCAGCCUCAUCCUGUUGCCGGCUCUGCUGCCUCUUCUCUCUCUGGGCCUAAGAGGGGUCGCGGCAGGCCUCCUAAGCCCAAAUCCAUUUCCAUUUCUCUUAUUGAUAGCAUUGCUGGUGCUGUACAGCCCAUUGAACGGCCCAAUAGUCUUGCAAAUGCUGCUCUCGGUCUUUCUCUCUCCACUCAGCCCAAUGUGGCUGCAUAUCCUCUCUCCAUUCAGCCUAAUAUAGCUGCUAAUCUUCCCAAUGCUGGUACUCCUGCGGCUCAGCUUCAGAUGGAUAAGAAAGGCCCCGGUCGUCCUAAGAAGGUGGCCGGACAAGGUGCCCCGUUGCUGGCUAAGAGGAGAGGGAGGCCACCGAAGGGUGUGUCAAUCGGAGCUAAGAAGAGUCCGGGCAGACCCAGGAAGGUUCCUAAACGCUUGCCUAAGUCUGUUGUCGUGCCUUAUGCUACGGGUGCUACAGUACCUAUUGUGCCAAGGCCAAGAGGUCGCCCCAAGAAGUCCCCAGUUCUGGCGGCUGCCGAUGGUAGCGUGGUGGUGCCCGCAAGGAAACCAGGUCGGCCACCCAAGAUUGGUGGGGUCGUGAAGGCGAAGGAGGGAAGGCCUGUUGGCCGACCUAAGAAGAAUGCAAACGUGCAGUGGGCAGUGACAGAUGCAUCUCAACAGCAAGAAGAAGCAUAUGGAGAUCUUAAGAGGAAAUUUGAAAUUUAUCAAUCAAGAGUGAAGCAAGCUGUUGGUGUGCUAAAGCCUCAGUUAAACAGCGAAACAGCGAGUAGUGCAGUUGCAGCAAUUGAAGAGUUAGAAGCCCUUGCAUCUAUUGAUAUCAAUCUGCCAUCGAGAGAAGAAGCUCAGUCAGCACUUAUCCAGAAUUAGGAGGCGAUUGCAGUAGGAGCAAUGGAGUUGUAAUGCGAAAGGAGCUUUCGUUGUCGGGAUCAAAAGAAAUGUAAGAAGUUCUCUAACAUUGAUAGAUGAGAGUGAGCAAGACAAGAGUCUGUAAAGAGAAUCAAGAAUGACUAAUUGUUAUUGAUGUGAAGAAGGGGAAUGUAGUUUGAUAUUUAAUCAGCUGUGGAUGACAGUGGAUUUUGUUUCGACUGUACCCAUGAAUUUAGUGUAGUUUAUCUCAUUACCUUGAGUUCAUUUAAACAAAAUGUCAUUUGCUUGAACAUGAAAUUUGUUGUGUACUUGUAGAAGCCGACAGUGGAGCAGUCUUCAGAAUAGAAUUUCAUUUGCUUUUUUGGUAGA